GGAAAUUAAUUACCUAAUUUUCUCCAUUCAAUAUAUACUCUUUUUUUCUCACCACCUUUGUAAUUUGGAACCAUAAACUUUGAGAAUAAACAAAAAAAGAAUGGAGAACGCUUUGCAUUUUGAUCUGAAUACUGGAGCAAAAAUUCCCGCGGUCGGCCUCGGCACUUGGAAAGCCCCUCCCGGCGUCGUUGGGGAAGCUGUCAAAACCGCCGUCAAGGUUGGUUAUAGGCAUAUUGAUUGCGCUCAUGUCUAUGACAACGAAAAAGAGGUAGGAAUAGCAUUGAAGGAGCUGUUUUCAACUGGUGUAGUCCAACGAAGUGACAUGUUCAUCACUUCUAAACUUUGGUGUAGCGAUCAAGCACCUGAAGAUGUGUGCAAAGCAUUGAGCAAAAGCUUAGAAGACCUUCAACUUGAUUACAUUGAUCUCUACCUUAUACAUUGGCCGUUUAGGACGAAACAUGGAUCCAGAGGGUUCGCUCCAGAAGUGAUGGAGCCGUUGUGCAUAGCGGAAACGUGGAACGCAAUGGAGGGGUUGUAUGCAUCUGGGCAAGCAAGAGCCAUUGGUGUGAGCAAUUUCUCAACAAAGAAGCUUCAAGAUUUGCUUAAAAUUGCAAAAGUUCCACCUGCUGUUAACCAAGUUGAAUGCCACCCAGUUUGGCAGCAGCCUGCCCUUCACAACCUCUGCAAAUCCACUGGUGUUCAUCUCUCGGCAUAUUCUCCAUUGGGAUCUCCAGGGAGCUGGCUGAAGGGUGAAAUAUUGAAGGAACCAAUACUGACAGAAAUAGGUGAGAAGCUUAACAAAUCAGCAGCACAAGUAGCCCUUCGAUGGGGGAUUCAAAGUGGCCACAGUGUUCUUCCGAAGAGUGUAAAUGAGUCAAGAAUCAUUCAAAACCUUAGCUUAUUCGAUUGGUCAAUUCCACAUGAGCUCUUCUCUAAAUUCUCUGAGAUUCAUCAGCAACGUCUUCUUCGAGGGGAUUUUGCUGUCCAUCAAACUCUAAGCCCUUAUAAAUCCAUCGAUGACCUUUGGGAUGGUGAAAUCUGAUAUAUACAUCAGUAUGAAAAAUAUUGAAGCAAUGCCUACUUUUCUAACUUGUAUUACAUUUCUUUUUUCUUUUUUUUCUAGGAUCCC